AUGGCGAAAGCUUCUAGCGUCUUCCAGUCAACUCUCAUCCCAUCUUUCUCUCCACUCCACCAGCUCCGCAGUCAAAACUUCGUACUCUCUUACCCACCGCUUCCGGCGUCCCGAUGCCGGCCCGGAAUCCACUGCUCAGUUUCGGCCGGUGAGACCACCAGACGUUCCGUGGAGGAAGAAGUCCCGGACAUAUCAUGGGGCUGCGAGAUAGAUUCCGUUGAGAACGCGACCUCUCUUCAGAAAUGGCUCUCCGAUUCAGGUCUCCCGCCGCAGAAAAUGUCGAUCGACAGAGUCGACGUCGGAGAACGAGGCCUCGUCGCCUCUCAGAACCUCAGGAAAGGAGAGAAACUUCUCUUCGUUCCUCCUUCUCUCGUCAUCAGUGCUGAUUCCAAAUGGACCGACGCGGAAGCCGGUGAAGUGAUGAAACGUUACGAUGUUCCGGAUUGGCCUCUGCUCGCAACUUAUCUGAUAAGUGAAGCAAGUCUUAAGAAUAGCUCACGAUGGUUUAACUAUAUCUCAGCUCUUCCGCGUCAGCCUUACUCGCUUUUGUACUGGACUCGGACAGAGCUUGAUAUGUACUUGGAAGCUUCGCAGAUUCGAGAACGAGCAAUUGAAAGAAUCACCAAUGUUGUUGGAACUUAUGAAGAUUUAAGAAGCAGGAUAUUUUCCAAACACCCUCAACUUUUCCCUAAAGAGGUUUUCAAUGAUGAGACAUUUAAGUGGUCUUUCGGAAUUUUAUUCUCACGGUUGGUACGGUUGCCGUCUAUGGAUGGAAGAUUUGCCUUAGUUCCAUGGGCAGAUAUGCUUAAUCAUAACUGUGAGGUUGAGACGUACCUGGAUUAUGAUAAGUCUUCAAAAGGAGUUGUAUUUACAGCAGAUCGACCUUAUCAACCAGGUGAGCAGGUUUUCAUAUCGUAUGGGAAUAAAUCUAAUGGAGAGCUAUUACUGUCUUACGGGUUCGUCCCCAGAGAAGGAACCAAUCCUAGUGAUUCAGUAGAGCUAGCUCUGUCACUUAGGAAAACCGAUGAGUGUUACAAGGAAAAGCUUGAUGCUUUAAAGAAACACGGAUUAUCCACGCCUCAAUGCUUCCCCGUAAGGAUAACCGGUUGGCCAAUGGAGCUAAUGGCAUAUGCUUAUCUUGUAGUGAGCCCUCCAAAUAUGAGAAACAGCUUUGAAGAGAUGGCGAAAGCUGCCUCGAAUAAGUCAUCAACAAAGAAGGAUCUAAGUUAUCCCGAAAUUGAGGAAGAAGCAUUGCAGUUUAUACUGGACUCAUGCGAAACAAGCAUAUCAAAGUUCAGCCGAUUUUUAAAGGAAAGUGGAUCAAUGGAUUUGGACAUAACAUCUCCAAAACAGUUGAACCGGAAAGCGUUUCUGAAACAGCUAGCUGUAGACUUGUCCACCAGCGAGCGUAGGAUACUUUACCGUGCUCAAUACAUUCUGAGGAGGAGACUGAGAGAUAUAAGAAGCGGUGAGCUGAAGGCUCUACGGCUCUUCAGUGGACUUAGGAACUUCUUCAGCUUGAAGCUCUUUGUGUCCAAUUCUGAACGAAUCCUCUCUCUCUCUCCUCUCUUUCUCGCCCAAUUUCUCUUCUUCUCCGAUUUUCUCAACACUCAUCAGCCAGAACGAAUUUUCAUCGAUCUAUCUAUCACUCGUCUGAUUUUAUCCACUCAAUUCCCUGAUUUGGAAGAUGAGCUUGAAGGCUGCGAUCCUAAUAUUAGGGCUCGCGACACGCUUCAUGUCUCUUUCGUCGUCAUCAAGUCUGAUUCUCAAUGGCAUUUCAACGAGGAUGGUGUAGAUCUUGUGAUACACGGACCAACAGGGGAACAGAUUCACGACUUCAGGGAGCAGAUAAGUGCAAAGCACGACUUUGUUGUCCAGAAGAAAGGAGUUUACCGUUUUUGUUUCACAAACAAGUCUCCUUAUCACGAAACUAUUGACUUUGACGUACAGCUUGGUCACUUUGCGUACUAUGAUCAGCACGCAAAGGACGAGCAUUUCACUCCCUUGAUGGAGCAAAUCUCAAAGUUAGAGGAAGCUCUAUACAACAUCCAAUUCGAACAACAUUGGUUAGAGGCUCAGACCGAUCGUCAAGCCAUCGUGAACGAGAACAUGAGCAAAAGAGCAGUGCACAAAGCUUUGUUCGAGUCGUUUGCACUGAUCGGGGCAAGUGUCCUCCAAGUUUAUCUUCUGUGUCGCUUGUUUGAACGCAAACUCGGCAUGUCUCGUGUCUAA